UAUGAUAGAAUAAAUAUACGUGCUGAACCAAAGGGAUUUAUUUUUCUUUUUUAGUUCUUACUCUUGAGAUUCCAAUAGGGUCUCGUUUAACAAAUUCAUUGGCUUCUGAUUGUAGGGGGGGACCCUUAAAUUGUUGUGUUUUUAAAGAAAAUUUUGAUUGGAUCCUGAGCAAAUUUGUUGUUUCUUUGGAGGGAAAAUUCUGGGUUUUGACAUUUAAUUAAUUUUAAAACCAUUUAUUUUGGGGAUUUAUCUUGGUUGUUCGUAAGCCAUGGCGGUUUCGACAAUAGUUCUUUACGCUAGUCCACCGAGGAGCACGCCGAGCACCGUGUGCUCCGCUCCUAUUCAGAUCAACAUGAAUUCUCACGCUUCUUACGAUUUUGAUUUGAAUUCAAGAUCCUCGUCAACUUCCUCAACGACCGCUUCAGGUUCUUUACAGAGACCCGCUGUUGGUGGUCUAUCGUGCCUCUUCUCCUCGCCGUCGGUAAAAUCAAGCUUUUCUAGCGGUGGGGGAGACGAUCUAGGGUCCUAUAGAGGAGAAGAUUUGAAGGAAUUAAGCAGUUCAUUUUGUUACUCGUCGAGUAAAUUCGGUGGUUCUUCUUUGAAAGCCAAUCAGAGCCCGAUAUCGGUGUUUCAGGGCCCGGUUUCGUAUAGUAGCAGCGGCUCUCCUAUGCGAAUUGUUCGCGAAAAGGGUGGGGAUGUGAAUUUCCAUGGCUCAUUUCGUGUUGGGACAAAUCGAUUGUUCAACGGAUUCAUUAGGGGAACAUUGGGAUCUUGUCGUCAUUAUGAUUCCCCGAGUUUCAAGGUGCAAAGCAGUAGUUGUGUUGAUGAAUUACCCUUCACUAUGGAGGAUAAUUUCACGGAGGAAGUGGAUUGGGAGCCUUAUGCGAAGGAAUUGCUUUUAGGUGCACAAAUGAAGCACGGAGUAUUUUCCGAAGAUAUUGUAAUCAAAGCAUUUUAUGAAGCCGAGAAGGCACAUAGAGGGCAGAUGCGUGCGAGUGGAGAUCCUUAUCUGCAACAUUGUGUAGAGACGGCAGUGUUGUUGGCAUCCAUUGGUGCUAAUUCCACGGUCAUUGCAGCAGGGCUUUUACACGACACCAUUGAUGAUUCAUUCUUGAGCUACGACUACAUUUUUAGAACAUUUGGUGCCGGGGUUGCUGAUUUAGUAGAAGGGGUCUCUAAACUUAGCCAUCUGAGCAAGCUAGCACGAGAAAAUAAUACGGCGAGCAAGACUGUUGAAGCUGAUCGCCUUCACACCAUGUUCCUUGCCAUGGCAGAUGAACGAGCGGUUCUUAUUAAAUUGGCAGAUCGGUUGCAUAACAUGAUGACACUAGAUGCAUUGCCUCCGCUCAAGCAAAAGAGGUUUGCUAAGGAGACUUUGGAAAUAUUUGCUCCUUUGGCCAAUCGGCUAGGAAUCUCUAGCUGGAAGGAGCAAUUAGAGAAUCUAUGUUUCAAGCAUCUCAAUCCGGAGCAGCACAAAGAAUUGUCUUCUAGGCUUGUGGACUCAUUUGAUGAGGCAAUGAUCACUUCUGCUAUAGAGAAACUCGAGAGGGCGCUCAAGGAUAAAGAAAUUACUUACCAUGUUCUCUCUGGACGACAUAAAAGCUUAUAUAGCAUUUAUUCAAAGAUGUUGAAGAAAAAGUUGACAAUGAAUGAAAUCCAUGAUAUUCAUGGAUUACGAAUCAUUGUUGAAAAGGAGGAAGACUGUUAUGAGGCUUUGAGAGUAGUUCACCAGUUAUGGUCUGAAGUACCUGGAAAGCUGAAGGACUAUAUAAGAUACCCUAAAUUUAACGGGUAUCAGUCUUUGCACACAGUGGUGAUGGGUGAAGGUGCAAUUCCACUUGAAGUUCAAAUUCGAACAAAGGAGAUGCAUUUGCAAGCCGAGUUUGGCCUUGCAGCUCACUGGAGAUACAAGGAGGGUGACUCAAAGUACUCUUCAUUUGUACUUCAGAUGGUUGAGUGGGCUCGAUGGGUUGUGACUUGGCACUGUGAAACAAUGAGCAAGGACCAAUAUUGUUCGAUUGGCUACACUGAUCCUGUCAAGCCACCCUGCACCUUCCCAACACAUUUGGAUGACUGCCCGUUCUCUUAUAAGCCUCAUUGCAGCCAGGAUGGACCUGUCUUUGUUAUCAUGAUCGAAAAUGAUAAGAUGUCAGUGCAGGAGCUUCCGGCAAACUCAACAAUGAUGGAUUUGCUAGAAAGAGCUGGGAGGGGGAACUCGAGAUGGUCUCCAUAUGGGUUUCCAGUGAAGGAAGAGUUGAGGCCAAGGCUGAACCAUGAGCCAGUGAGCGAUACAACAUGCAGGCUGAUGAUGGGGGAUGUGGUGGAGCUAACACCAUCCAUACCCGACAAGUCUUUGACAGAGUACAGGGAGGAGAUACAGAGGAUGUAUAACCGAGGUCUCCCUGUUUCCAGUACGGGACCCUUGUCUAGUACUAUGUUUGCUUCAAGAAGUUGACCUGACCCUCUUCAAUUCUUACUUUAUGCAAAAGAAAAAGAAGCAAUAGCUUAUUCUUGU